CUCUCCCUGUGUCCCCUCCCCUCUCUCCCAAACAGGGCAAUUCCCUAACUUUUCUCUUUUUCUCACAAGGCUAUAGUUAAAUAUUCCAUUCUGGGGAAACAUAUCCUGUCUCAUAUUCCGACUCGGGGCUCCUCGACGCCAAGGCACUCCAAUUGUUGCAAGCCCCUACUCUGGCGUGCACAACAGGAUUGGAUCCAGGUCUAGAUCCCUCUGCUCAGCCUGGGUCCGCACGGUGAACAGAGAGUCAGAGAGUAAGUGUUAACACGGAGGCGCUGCCGGUCGGAGGGAUAGCCAGACGGACCAAUGGGAUCAGGGAAUCUGGCUCAGAUGCUGCUGCGUUGGGUGGCGGUGUGUCUUGCGGCGGCUCAUGUGGCGUCUGAACAAACUGGGAAUGGACAGUAUCCAGCGACCCGCUUGACCAGCCCCGUGGACCAGAGAGAGGCGCAGCGGGUCCGACGCCGCGGCCAGGAGACUCUAAGAGGGCCCAAUGUGUGUGGCUCUCGCUUCCAUUCAUACUGCUGUCCCGGCUGGAAGACGCUGCCAGGAGGAAACCAGUGUAUCGUUCCAAUCUGCAGGAACUCGUGCGGCGAUGGCUUCUGCUCCAGACCCAACAUGUGUACAUGCUCGAAUGGCCAGCUCUCUCCCAGCUGUGGAGGAGGAGCAGGAGUUCAGUCAUGUAACAUCAGGUGUAUGAAUGGAGGCAGCUGUGCGGAGGACUCAUGCUCCUGUCCGAAGGGCUACACAGGAGGCCACUGUGGACAACCCGUGUGCGAGAACGGCUGCCAGAACGGUGGGCGCUGCAUCGGGCCCAGCCGAUGCGCCUGUGUCUACGGUUUCACCGGGCCGCAGUGCGAGAGAGACUACCGGACCGGGCCAUGUUUCACCCAGGUGAACAACCAGAUGUGUCAGGGCCAGCUCAGUGGAAUCGUCUGCACCAAAACCCUCUGCUGUGCCACCAUUGGCCGAGCCUGGGGACACCCCUGUGAGCAGUGCCCCGCCCAGCCACACCCCUGCAGACGAGGCUUCAUCCCCAACAUCCGCACCGGAGCCUGUCAAGAUGUGGAUGAGUGUCAGGCUGUGCCGGGUCUGUGCGCCGGAGGCACCUGCAUCAACACCGUGGGAUCAUAUGAAUGUAAAUGUCCUGCCGGUCACCGCCAGAGUGAAACCAGCCACAAGUGUGAAGAUAUCGAUGAAUGCGCCACCAUCCCCGGUGUGUGCGAUGGCGGAGAGUGCACCAACACCGCCGGUAGCUACGUCUGCACCUGUCCACGAGGCUACAUCUCCAGCACAGAUGGUUCCAGAUGUGUGGACCAGCGCGUGGGGACCUGUUUCUCUGCUCUGGCUAACGGCCGCUGCGCUGCCGAGGUGAAUGGUCAGUUCACCAAGAUGCAGUGCUGCUGUGACACAGGACGCUGCUGGGCGUUGGGACUGGUCCCUGAGAUGUGCCCCGUCAGAGGUUCUGACGAGUACAGGCGUCUGUGUAUUGUGGGCGUGCCCGUGGGACAUGGUCCGCCUAUUGGUUACCCCAAUGGACACUUCCCCAACAAUGGCCAUGGUUUCAACUAUGGCAACAAGUUCCCCAGUGUACCUAAUGGUAAUGGCAACGGAGGUAUAGGUGUUAACGGUGGAGGAGGUUUCGGAGGGAACGGUGGGAGCUUCGGAGGAAAUGGAGGAAGCUUCGGGGGCAAUGGAGGAGGACGUCUGGGCAAUCAACACAUAGGCUCUGUCUCUGUGAACGACUCCAUCGACGUGUGCAAACAUUUUACCAACCUCUGUCUUAAUGGACGAUGCAAUCCCACACCCACAAGCUACCGCUGUGAAUGCAACAUGGGCUACAGACAGGACGGCCGCGGGGAGUGUAUCGAUGUGGACGAGUGUGUGAGUAAUCCUUGUAUCAAUGGAGACUGUGUCAACACACCUGGAUCGUACCACUGCAAGUGCCACGACGGCUACCAAGGAACACCAACCAAACAAGCCUGUAUCGAUAUCGAUGAGUGCAUAAUGAACGGAGUGAUGUGUCGCAACGGCCGCUGUGUCAACACCGAGGGAAGUUUCCAGUGUAUCUGUAAUGCCGGAUUUGAGCUGACUCCAGAUGGAAAGAACUGCAUUGAUCACGAUGAAUGUGCCACCACCAACAUGUGUCUCAACGGCAUGUGCAUCAACGAGGACGGCAGCUUCAAGUGCAUCUGCAAGCCCGGCUUUGCGCUGGCACCCAACGGACGCUACUGUACCGAUAUCGAUGAGUGUCAGACAUCCGGCAUUUGUAUGAACGGCCGCUGCAUCAACUCUGAGGGCUCCUUCCGCUGCGAGUGCCCACCAGGCCUGGCUAUAGACGUGGACGGCCGAGUGUGUGUGGACACACACAUGAGGACCACCUGCUACGGUGCCAUAAAGAUGGGCACGUGCUCGCGUCCGUUCCCCGGAGCGGUGACCAAGUCUGAGUGCUGCUGUGCCAACCCCGAACAUGGCUUUGGAGAGCCGUGCUAUCCCUGCCCCUCCAGAAACUCAGCUGAGUUCCAGGCUGUGUGCAGCAGUGGCAUCGGCAUCACAGCUGAUGGCAGAGACAUCAACGAGUGCGCCCUUGACCCGGACAUUUGUCAGAACGGCAUUUGUGAGAACCUGAGAGGAAGCUACCGCUGCAUCUGCAACAUCGGCUACGAGUCCGACACCAGCGGCAAGAACUGCGUCGACAUCAACGAGUGUCUGGUGAACCGUCUGCUCUGUGAUAACGGCCUCUGCAGAAACACUCCUGGCUCCUACACCUGCUCCUGUCCGAAAGGAUUCGUCUUCAAACCGGACUCAGAGACCUGCGAAGAUAUCAACGAAUGCGAGUCCAGCCCGUGCAUCAACGGAGCGUGUCGCAACGUGGCCGGAUCCUUCAACUGCGAGUGCACCCAUGGCAGCAAGCUGGACUCCACCAACACCAUCUGCGUGGACAGCAUGAAGAGCACCUGCUGGCUGACCAUACAGGACAACCGCUGUGAAGUCAACAUCAACGGAGCCACGCUGAAGUCCGAGUGCUGCUCCACCCUGGGAGCCGCCUGGGGCAGCCCCUGUGAACCCUGCGAGAUCGACACUGCUUGUUCUCGAGGAUUUGCUCGUAUGAAGGGCGUUGUAUGUGAAGACAUUAAUGAGUGUGAGGUUUUCCCUGGAGUUUGCACCAACGGCCGCUGUAUGAACACCCAGGGCUCGUUCCGCUGCGAGUGCGCCGAGGGUCUCAGCUUGGACAGCACGGGGCGAACCUGUGUGGAUACGCGCAGCGAGCAGUGCUUCUUGAAGUGGCACGAGGACGAGUGUGGCGAGCCGCUGCCGGGGAGAUAUCGUUUGGACAUGUGCUGCUGCUCGGUGGGAGCGGCCUGGGGCAUUGACUGUGAGGAAUGUCCCAAACCAGACAUGCCUGAGUACAAAGCCAUCUGUCCCAGAGGGCCCGGCUUCGCCAACAGAGGAGACAUUCUGACCGGCAGGCCUUUCUACAAAGAUGUGAACGAGUGUAAGGUGUUCAACGGCCUGUGUACUUACGGAAACUGCAGAAACACCAUCGGCAGUUUCAAGUGUCGCUGCAACAACGGCUUCGCUCUGACAGCUGAAGAGAGGAACUGCACAGACAUCGACGAGUGCCGCAUCUCCCCCGACCUGUGUGGUCACGGUGCCUGCGUCAACACACCAGGCAGCUUCGAGUGCGAGUGCUUUGAGGGCUACGAGAGCGGCUUCAUGAUGAUGAAGAACUGCAUGGACAUCGACGAGUGUGAGACCAACCCCCUGCUCUGCCGUGGAGGAACCUGCCUGAACACCGAGGGAAGUUACGAGUGUGAAUGUCCCCCCGGACACGCGCUCACCGCAGACGGCUCUGCCUGUGAAGAUGUGAAUGAGUGCCAGCUGAGUGAAAACCUGUGCAAGAACGGACAGUGUGUGAACCUGCCAGGGACGUACCAGUGCACCUGUGACACUGGUUACCAGGCCACACCGGACCGUCAGGGCUGCGUCGAUAUUGAUGAGUGCACCAUUAUGAACGGAGGCUGUGAGACCCACUGCACCAACUCAGAGGGCAGCUACGAGUGCAGCUGCAGUGAGGGCUACGCUCUCAUGCCUGAUCUCAGGACCUGCGCAGACAUUGAUGAGUGUGAGGAGACGCCAGACAUCUGCGACGGAGGCCAGUGCACCAACAUCCCCGGGGAAUACCGCUGUCUGUGCUACGAUGGCUUCAUGGCCUCCAUGGACAUGAAGACCUGUAUCGAUGUGAACGAGUGUGAUCUGAACCCAAACAUCUGUCUCCACGGCGACUGCGAGAACACCAAGGGGUCGUUCAUCUGCCACUGUCAGCUGGGAUACUUUGUCAAGAAGGGAUCCACGGGCUGCACAGAUGUGGACGAAUGUGAGAUCGGGGCUCAUAACUGUGACAUGCACUCUGCCUGCAUCAACGUCCCCGGAAGCUUUAAGUGUCGUUGUCGAGACGGCUGGACGGGAGACGGCAUCAAGUGUGUGGAUCAGGACGAGUGCUCUGCCGAGGACCACAACUGUAACCCCAACGCAGACUGUAACAACACACCGGGGUCCUACAGGUGCACGUGCAAGGAGGGCUUCAACGGAGACGGCUUCUCGUGCUCGGACAUGGAUGAGUGUGCGGACAACGUGAACCUGUGUGAGAACGGCCAGUGUCUGAACGCUCCGGGUGGCUACCGCUGCGAGUGUGAGAUGGGCUUCAUACCAACGGAGGACAGCAAGGCGUGUCAAGACAUCGACGAGUGUAACUUCCAGAACAUCUGUGUGUUUGGAACGUGCCAGAACCUCCCGGGGAUGUUCCGCUGUGUGUGCGACGACGGUUACGAGCUGGACCGCAGUGGAGCGAACUGCACCGACAUCAACGAGUGUGCGGACCCUGUCAACUGCAUCAACGGACUGUGUGUGAACACUCCAGGAAGUUACAUGUGUAACUGCCCGGCUGACUUUGAGCUCAACCCCACUGGAGUGGGCUGCGUGGACACGCGUGUUGGUAACUGCUUCCUGGAUAUCCUGGCACGCGGCGAUGGAGGAAUCUCCUGCAGUGCUGAGAUUGGAGUGGGAGUGACCCGAGCCUCCUGCUGCUGCUCCCUGGGCGGAGCCUGGGGAAACCCCUGUGAACUGUGCCCCGCCUCCAACUCCACGGAGUAUAAGACUCUUUGUCCAGGGGGAGAGGGAUUCAGGCCCAACCCCAUCACUGUGAUCCUGGAAGACAUCGAUGAGUGCCAGGAGCUGCCUGGGCUCUGCCAGGGUGGAAACUGUGUCAACACGUUUGGCAGUUUCCAGUGUGAGUGUCCAGCGGGCUACUAUCUCAAUGAGGAGACUCGCAUCUGUGAGGAUAUUGACGAGUGCACCGCUCACAUCGGGAUCUGUGGACCUGGUACCUGCUACAACACGUUGGGCAACUACACGUGCGUGUGUCCACCUGAAUACAUGCAAGUCAAUGGAGGAAACAACUGCAUGGACAUGAGGAAGAGCGUGUGCUACCGCAACUACAACGACACGUGUGAGAACGAGCUGUCAUUCAACAUGACCAAGAAGAUGUGCUGCUGUGCCUACAACGUGGGAAAGGCCUGGAACAAGCCGUGCGAGCCCUGUCCUACUCCUGCUACCAACGAGUACCAGAUACUGUGCGGUAACAUGGCUCCUGGUUUCAUCAUCGACAUCCACACUGGCAAACCGAUUGACAUUGACGAAUGCAGGGAGAUCCCAGGUAUCUGCGCCAGUGGAGUGUGUAUAAACCAGAUCGGGAGCUUUCGCUGCGAGUGUCCUAUGGGCUUCAGCUACAACAACAUACUGCUCAUAUGUGAAGAUAUUGAUGAGUGUAACAGUGGGGACAACCUGUGCCAGCGGAACGCCAACUGCAUCAACAUUCCAGGAAGUUACCGCUGCGAGUGCUCGCCAGGCUUCAAACUGUCCCCCAGCGGGGCGUGCACGGACCGUAAUGAAUGUCAGGAGAUUCCUAAUGUGUGCAGCCAUGGAGAGUGUAUCGACACACAGGGCAGUUAUCGCUGUCUCUGCCACAACGGUUUCAAGGCUACAGCUGACCAGACCAUGUGCAUGGACAUUGAUGAGUGUGACCGACAGCCGUGCGGCAACGGCACCUGCAAGAACACAGUGGGAUCCUACAACUGUCUCUGCUUCCCCGGCUUCGAGCUGACACACAACAACGACUGCAUGGACAUAGACGAGUGCAGCACCCUCCAGGGACAAGUGUGCAGGAAUGGACAGUGUAUCAAUGGACUCGGGUCCUUCCAGUGUCUCUGCCACGAGGGCUAUGAGAAUACUCAAGAUGGGAAGAACUGUGUUGACAUCAACGAGUGUGUGAGUCUGCCCGGUACCUGCUCCCCAGGAACUUGUCAGAAUCUCGACGGGUCCUUCAGAUGUAUCUGCCCUCCUGGAUAUGAAGUGCAAAACGACCAGUGUAUAGAUAUCAACGAGUGCGAGGAGACCAACAUCUGCCAGUUCGGCACCUGCGCCAACACCCCCGGCAGCUUCCAGUGCUCGUGCCAGCCGGGCUUCGUGCUCUCCGACAACAAGCGGCGCUGCUACGACACCAGAGAGAGCUUCUGUUUCACCAAAUUCGACGCCGGCAAAUGCUCCAUCCCCAAAGCUUUCAACACCACCAAGGCCAAGUGCUGCUGCAGCAAUAUGCCCGGAGAGGGCUGGGGCCUUCCGUGUGAGCUGUGCCCCCGAGAGAGGGAUGCUGCUUUCAACACUCUGUGUCCUUUCGGCCAUGGAGCUCUGCCUGGACCGAAUAAUGCUCGUGAAGAUAUGAAUGAGUGUCAUGAUAACCCAGGCAUCUGCGAGAACGGUAUCUGCAUCAACACCGAUGGUUCCUUCCGCUGCGAAUGUCCCUUUGGAUACAACCUGGAUUACACUGGAGUCAACUGUAUAGACACUGAUGAGUGCUCCAUAGGAAACCCAUGUGGAAACGGCACCUGCACCAAUGUGGUGGGAGGUUUCGAGUGCUUGUGUCAGGACGGAUUCGAACCGGGACCCAUGAUGACUUGCGAAGAUAUCAACGAGUGCUCCCAGAAUCCUCUGCUCUGUGCCUUCCGCUGUGUCAACACCUUCGGGUCCUACGAGUGCAUGUGUCCUGCCGGCUAUGUGCUGAGAGAUGAUCUGCGCAUGUGCAGAGACCAGGACGAGUGUUCUGAGGGUCUGGACGACUGUGACUCCAAGGGUAUGACCUGCAAGAACCUGAUCGGGAACUUCAUGUGCAUCUGUCCUCCUGGCAUGCAGCGCAGACCAGACGGAGAGGGGUGCAUGGACCUGAACGAGUGCCGUGCCAAGCCUGGCAUCUGCAAGAACGGGCGCUGCGUCAACACGGUGGGAAGCUACCGCUGCGAGUGCAACGACGGCUUCGAGCCAAGCUCCACUGGAACUGAUUGUAUCGACAACCGAAAGGGCUUCUGCUACAGCGAGGUUCUGCAGACCAUGUGCCAGCAGUCGUCCACCAACAGGAACAGUGUGACCAAGUCUGAGUGCUGCUGCAACACGGGCCGAGGCUGGGGCUCUCAGUGUGAGCUCUGCCCGCUGCCCGGCACCGUACAGUACAAAAGGAUGUGUCCACUCGGACCCGGCUACACCACCGAUGGAAGAGAUAUCAACGAGUGCCACGUGAUGCCGGAUCUGUGUCACAACGGUCAGUGCAUCAACACCAUCGGCUCCUUCCGCUGUCACUGCAACGUGGGAUAUAAAGCGGACUUCACUGCGGUCUCCUGCGUCGAUUUGGACGAGUGCGGCCUGUCUCCAAAGCCCUGCAACUUCCUGUGUAAAAACACAGAGGGCAGCUACCUGUGCUCCUGCCCCAGAGGAUACAGCUUACAGCCCGAUGGAAAGACCUGCAAAGACCUGGAUGAAUGUUCAACCAAGCAGCAUAACUGUCAGUUCCUCUGUGUCAACACCAUUGGAGGCUUCACCUGCAAGUGCCCCCCCGGCUUCACCCAGCACCAGACUGCCUGCAUCGACAACAACGAGUGCUCGGCUCAGAGCAGUGCGUGUGGCUCCCGGGCCGCUUGCGUCAACACGCCCGGCAGCUUCAACUGUGAAUGCUCCAAAGGUUUCUCCUUGGACGGUGCAGGGACGGAGUGCGAGGAUGUGGAUGAAUGUGGCAGCAACCACCGCUGUCAGCACGGCUGUCAGAACAUGCUGGGAGGUUUCCGCUGCGGCUGUCCUCAGGGCUAUGUGCAGCACUACCAGUGGAACCAGUGUGUCGAUGAGAACGAGUGUCAGGGAGGAACCGUGUGCGGCUCGGCCUCCUGCUACAACACACUGGGCAGCUUCAAGUGUGUGUGUCCCUCUGGCUUUGACUUUGAGCAGGGCGGCAGCGGAUGCCAAGAUGUGAAUGAAUGUUCCACAGGCAGCAACCCCUGUGUCUACGGCUGCUCCAACACCGAUGGAGGCUACCAGUGUGGCUGCCCCGGAGGUUUCUUCAGAGCUGGACAGGGUCACUGCAUCACAGGCUCAGGUUUCCAAGGCCAGUUCGGGGAGGGUGAGGAGGACGACAGUUUGUCUCACGAGGCCUGUUAUGAGUGUAAGAUCAACGGAGGAGGAAAGAACGGACGACACAAGAGAAACACUGAUGGAAAUGAGCUCAACCAGGAGCCGGCUGUGAGCAUGGCCAGCGUGGACACCCAGGAAUCCAUCCCCAUGAACAUCUCUCUGGCCUCGCUGGGCAACAAGGACCCUCUGCUUGAGCUCCUGCCCGCCCUGCAGCCGCUGGAGCACCACGUCCGCUACGUCAUCACGCAUGGCAACGCAAACGAACACUUCCGCCUGAUGGAGCGCCGCGACGGGAAGAGCGUGCUCCGACUCGGAAAGAGGCCGCCCCCACGAGGAUCCUACCGGCUGGAGAUCGCCAGCCUGCCGCUGUUUGGGCCCCGAAGACUACACCAGCUGGAGGAGCAGCAUGACAGUGACUACCUACAAGGAGAAAUAGGAGACGCCCUGCGCAUCAAGCUCCACAUCCACCUGCACUGAGCUCAGAGAGUG